UGCUAUGUGUGAUGUCGUCUCUUAUCCUCAAUGGUUUUCCAGUGCUUGCUUUUUUUUUUUUUUUUUUUUUGCUUUUUUUUUUUUUUUUUCUUUUUUUCUUUGAGAAAACCUCUAAACACUGUCGUGCUGACUUUUUUUUGGAGAAAUACUCUGUUUGUAUAUUACUGGAACGAGUGCUAAGGCUGUUAGAAGGAAGGCCUCGCAAGUCAACCUCUGUUGCUUUUUGUGUUCUCCAGAUUGGAAGAUGUUAUGUAAAUACGAGUUGUGCAGACCUUAGCAACCCCUAGGGAAGCAUACUGAACCUCACCUGAUCAGUCACUUGGCACCUGAAGUGAUGCUGCCAGGUGCUUAUUUGCACUGUGGUCCCGGAAUGCAGCGCAAGAUCAAGGGUGGCCUGUUUGCAAAGCAUUGAAGUCUUUGAAGGCCUACGGACUUCAACUUUGCUUAAGUCUGAUCUAUUCUGUCAGAGUUUUCAGGUUCUUGCAGCUGGGAAUUUAUAGCAAAAGUGAAGUUUGGAGACCUUAGCUGUGAAGCUUUGAUAUUUGCUGAUGUUUACAUCUUUGCUGCGGCAGUAGUGCUGGUGAGCACUAUUUGCCUGUUACUGUUUAGGUCUUGAAUGCAAUUGUUAAAGUACAAGUGUGUAUGUCAGUGCUGAACCUUGACAUUGCAACUGGCAUGCAGAACACCAUCUGUUAGGGUAGAUAUCGUGUAGACAUGUUAGAACUUUUGCUCUUCAGUUUUAUGCCUCUAGAUGAGUACAUUAGAGGUUCAUAAAGCACUGUGAUAGACCAGGGUCUGUCCUGUUGCCAGUCAAAUCAAAAACUUCUGAUGGAAGUAAAGUUAGCAUGUAUGCUGCUUGCUUCUUCAUAUACUUGAAUUGUAAAUAUUUUAUUGGAAAAAAUAUUUAUUGGAACAACAAUGUGGAGAACUAACACCAGUUCCUGACACAUCAGAAGUAACACUUCAUGAUAGUGAAAUCUUGAUACGGUGGGGCAGAAGUUUUGUAGCUGCUAUGUCAAGCAAAGAAAGAAAGGACUGCUUUCUCAGUAAAGGAGAAAGAGCUUGCAAAUGUUCUAGUUACAGACUGUAAUCUCUAGUGAUGUGAAAUCUCUUUACUGAGGAGGGGGGAUAAAAUAAUAAUUGGAGAAGAAAGUAAAUGUGUUUUCUGUCAGUAUCAUCUGGGUUGAAAAACUGAAAUGCGUUAAUACAUUUAAGCACUUAAAUGACAAAAUGACAUUGUUUCUGUUGUGGAAAAAGUAAUUUAAAAAAAAAAAACUGAUCCUUUAGAAAACUUAAAAUUCUGAGGUGCAGCACGGUAAGUUAGAUUGAAAUGGUAACAUUUCAUGUACAUUGUAAGUAAGAUUGAAAAUAUCUCAGAAACAGUGCAGAAGUAGCGUGCAAGUCUUUCUAAAGUUAAUUUAUUAGUAAGAGAAAAUUCCAAAUAAAAUCUGCUAAAAUUUUAAGGCCUAGGGAUGGAUUGCAUGCUGUAUAAAAAGAAGUCUGUAAUUUGAUGUAAAGUGACAUGAAGUCUGUUAAAUGAAAAAUGUGAAGUACUAUAAGCAUAUAUGCUGGAAAAUCAUUUUCCCUGAUGGUAACAAAGGGUAUGUUUUCACAAUGCAGUUGUGCUGCUUCAUUUUCUUUUUUUCCUUCUUCUGUCUAUGCUGUUUACUCACCUGUUGGCAUUACUGCUGUUGUACUUGUUCAGCUGAGUCAAAUCUCUAACAAAAUAAAAGGGUAUCUCUUUUUCUUGUCUGUUUUUGAAAUGUUAACAUGAUUUUGCUCCUUGAGCAUGUGUGUGACCAUACUUUGAAACCAGUGUACGAGAGAUAACAGGGCACGGAGAGGAGGAUCAGUGGAAAAAACACUGGAAGCAAAAGCAAGACUUUUUGGCAGUGUCAUAGCGUUCAACACACUGAAUUUUAGGUAUGAAAAGCUGGGAAACUCUACAGUAUGAAGCUUAAUUGGCCAAAAAUGUUCAGUCAGUGAAGUUCCUUAACUUAACAAGAGGUGGUUGUGCCAUUCAGUAGUUGCUGCCAAAAUUGGAUGGAUUUUAGUGGAUUCUGAAGUAUGACAUCAUGGCAAGAUUUCGCAGAAGAACAUGCAUCAUUUUGUUGCUUUUUAUUUUGUUUAUUUGCUCCAUAAUGAUGGCUUUGAAGACUCUGAGACCUGACAGAGCUGGCUUUGGGGACCCAUUUGGACUUGGUUUAUUACCUGAGCUUCAGCAACGGACAGAGCUCUUAGAGAGUAAAAGAAGUUCACUGAAUAGGGUUCAAGAAGAUACUGUAACACAGAUCAGUAACAUGCAUGCUGGUGUGGUCAAUACUAUGAAAGCAUCCAUGCCUCCUGUGAACAAGUUGGAAGGAGAUCUGUCUUCUCCUAAUUAUAACUUCCAUAUAUUCUAUUAUAGCUGGUUUGGGAAUCCACAGUUUGAUGGUAAAUACAUUCACUGGAACCAUCCUUUGUUGCCACAUUGGGACCCCAAAAUUGCAAACAAUUAUCCAAAGGGAAGGCAUAAUCCUCCUGAGGACAUUGCAGCCAAUUUUUAUCCUGAACUUGGAUCUUACAGUUCCAAAGAUACUUCUGUCAUAGAAGCUCACAUGAAACAAAUGCUUUCAGCUUCAAUUGGUGUAAUAGCACUUUCGUGGUACCCACCAGGUAUGGCUGAUGAAAACGGAGAACCAACUGAUGAUUUGGUGCCUAUUAUUUUGGAUUAUGCAAGCAAAUACAAUCUAAAGGUCACUUUUCAUAUUGAGCCCUACAAAGAUAGAGAUGAUCGCAGUAUGUACCACAAUGUCAAAUACAUCAUUGACAAAUACGGAGCCCACCCAGCCUUUUACAGGCAUAAGACCAGCACAGGCAGAUCUCUUCCCAUGUUUUAUGUUUAUGAUUCUUAUGUAACAAUUCCCGAAAUAUGGGCGAAUCUGUUAACUGUAUCUGGAUCCCAGACUAUUCGAAAUACUCCAUACGAUGCGUUAUUCAUUGCUCUUCUUGUAGAAGAAAGGCAUAAGCAUGAUAUUCACAGAAGUGGCUUUGAUGGAAUGUACACAUACUUUGCUACAAAUGGGUUCUCUUAUGGCUCAUCUCAUCAUAAUUGGGCAAGUUUAAAAGCCUUUUGUGACAGCAACAACUUAAUGUUUAUUCCAAGUGUGGGACCAGGAUAUAUCGACACAAGUAUCCGACCAUGGAACAACCACAACACACGUAAUCGUGUCAAUGGAAAAUACUAUGAGACUGCCUUUAAUGCAGCCCUUUUGGUGAGACCAGAAAUUAUUUCCAUUACAUCUUUCAAUGAAUGGCACGAGGGUACUCAGAUUGAAAAAGCUGUCCCCAAAAAGACUGGACAAAUAGUUUACCUUGAUUAUAAGCCCCAUAAACCAAAUGUUUAUCUAGAGCUCACUCAGAAGUGGUCUGAGAAGUACAGAAAAGAAAAGGAGCAGUGGCUUAUGUGAGCUAUUUCUACUGCAGUUGUUUCUUAGCAUAUUGAAUACAGUAAGAAAGAAAUUGAGAGCUGAAGACUCUGUUAUGAAAUGCCUUUAUUAUCGGUAUGUUUAAAUCAUUAUAUCGCAUUAAUGUAAAUGCACUACUACUAAAUUUUGAAGAGUAAAAAGUGUGAGAAUAUUUUCAUCUCAUUCAUUACUGUAGUUCAAGAAUGCUUUAUUUUAAUUAGUAAUUUGCAUGCUAAGCUUCAAGAACAUCUGCAUGGGAUAACUACAUGACUGAAGUAGUACAAAAAUUUGACAGAUACUUGUAUACUUUAUUCAUGUACUUCUGUUUCUAAUCUAAGUGAUCCUUUAAGCUAAAUUUGAUCUUGAUAGCUUGCUUUUUGCAGGAUGCAUGUCAGUAGCGUGCAUAAACUGCAGCUACUGUUUUUAUGCUUUGCACAUUGGGAGUUCUUGAUUAUAUGAUUAUCUUGUGGUAAGAACACUGUAUGUAUGUCUCAUUGUAUGUGUGCAACAUUGGUGAGUUUUUGUUUAUUUCAUUUUUAAAUAUAUAUCUCUGAAAGAUUGAGUUCCAAAGAACUACUGAAAUAUUUCUAGUUUACUCUUAUUUGUUCUGUUCAGUACAUGCUGCAUACUUUUGCACGUUACUGGAAUGCUGACAAGUUUACAUAGUUUUUCUGUGUCUGAAUUUUAUUUUAAAAAAAAAAUCCAACAACUAGAAAACAUAACAACAAAAAAAUCCUGAAAUUUGAGAGCGGGAAAAAAAUUCUAAAAAUAUAGGGGGGAAAAAAAAACCAACUAUAGUUAUACAUUGUUUGUUGACUGGAGACACAGAUUUAGUUUUUAAAAACAUCAAAGAUUCUAAAGCUAAUAUUUCGCUAGUCAUACAAUAAAUAAUAAUCUUAAAUUCUGCUUUUUCAUUUAUAAUUUUUGGAGCAAUGUAACCUAGUAGCAGUGACAUCAACUACUCAUCGCUUUUACUUGAAAUCAGAUUUCUAUUUUCAUGUAUUUCCAAGAUCCAGAACAAUAGAUACUAAGGUCAUGUUAGUGUUCAAGUAAGCUGCUCAACACUUCUUUUAACAAUAUGGUGUGCCUGGAAAUUAGUUCUUUUUAGAUCUGAGAGUCUCACCAUUCCAGUGUAGUGACUACUAUUUGUUUUUCUUACUGAAGCUUGAAAAUGUCAAAUUGCAUGGAUAUGUCUCCUCAAUAAUCCAUUUCUGGGAGUUUUUUGCAGGAAGGGGACAUGGACUUUUUCAUACAACUUUACAGGAAAACAGUAGACAUUAAAUUAUUGCAGUAUAUGUCAAGUGUUUAAUCUGUAACAAAGUGGUUUUAAAAAACAACUGAUCUUGCUUUGUAGUUAAUAUGUUGUAACUGUUGUAACCACUAAAAUCCUCUCAAUUUCAACAGGGUUUAUUGUAAUUAUUCAUACUUCUUCCUUGGUUAAUUGUAGUGCUCUGUCCAUGAAGUUGUGAGGUGGAUGUGGGGACUUGUGGUUAAGAAAGAAGAUGACAAACAAAAAAAGAAAAAAGUAUACUUUCCAAAAACUUGAGUCAUUCCAAAUAAACAUAAGUUACUGUGUGGGUUGUUCUGAAAGUAAUGUCUCUUAUUUGUUUCCAUGGACAGUACAACAGAUGCAAAGAGCGCAGUAUUUAUCAGAGUAAAUUCUCAGCUAAAAAGACCACUUUUCAGCAUUGUCACCACUAUCAGCUAUGCAUUUUGGCCAGUGAUGAACAGGAACCUGCAUGCCACGUCAUAAAAAUCUGCAGCAGUAGAGAUGACCUGCUGUUGCCUCUGCUGAAAUGCCUCACUCUGCACACAUCCACUGUUUGGUCUCCACGGAUGUUCAGCAAGCAUUGAUGCUUGUCAGUGGUUGCCAUAUUUCUUCCUGGAGGAACUCAAUGACACACCUUUGCUUCAUACAUAUUUCUGUGUCAGGUGCCAUUCUGUUGGACUGCCCCUCUGCUGCCAUCUGUCGUGUGGCAACAGAAUAGAAUGGGCUGUUGACAGGAAGGCUCAACCUCUACUGCCAUAAUACCAACAUCCGCCUCUGACAUUGAGAGCCAACGUAAUAGGAGACAUUACUUUUGCAGCAGCUCUUGUACAAUAUUUUCUAGAGUCCUUCUGGUAUGAAAAAAAUGUUUAUGUAUCUACACUUACUUGCAAAUUCUCGUCACUUGUCUGCAAUUAUUAAAAGUUUGAGGUAUUGCACAACCAUCUCAGCUUUUUUCAAGAAAAACUGUGGAAAUUGGGUUACAGAUAAAUGACUUGACAUUUGGAAGUGCACUUCUGGAGUUACUACAGUCUUACUAGUAUUAAUUCUUUGCAUUUUCCUGCUGCAUCUCUGCAAACUUCAGAGUGUUUCUAACAGAAACCUUUGCUUGUUUUGUUUCAAUUGCACUCAAGUGGAUAAGCUAAAGAAGAUACAGCUAUGACCCUGUUAUGAAAUAGUGUCUGAGACAUUUAAAGCACUUGUUAAGAGUUUACCACUUUCAAGUGAACUGCUCUCUGCUUAUUAAGGAAAAUUGUUGAUACAUCUUUCCUGUAACUCUCUGAUAUAACUAUACAUAAUUUGUUUUUAUAAUUUGAUACCUUUAAGCUUUGCAGUUCAAAGAGCCCAUAUAGUUGAAGGGCUGACUAACUGCACUGUAUAUCUCUAUUGAAUGUAUUAUUUAAAAAUUCUUCUGAAUUCAGACCUGUAAGGACAGAUCUCUUUCUCUACUUAAACUUUGCCAUCCGUUGUCACUGUAGUUGCCUGCACUGUUUACUAGUCAUGAGAACUGGUCAUCUUUUUUCCCAGUGACAGUUUUUAUUCAUGUCUGUAAAAGUUGUUUCUUUUGUUGCAGUUUAUGGAAGCAUUUGAAAUUUUUGUGCAGUGUUUUACAACUGCAAUAAUCUGUUUUUGUUUAAAAUAUCAUUUAUGGUAACAGCAUAGUGUAUCUUCCUUAGAAAAACUUCUGUGGUUGCUGCAAAGACAUCAUUUAGCUCUUGAUGUGAAGUGAUAUGGGCCAUGAUGCACAGGUGUCUAAUGUGAUCUUUAGAAGAAUGUAAGAAUUUCUCAAAGUAUGAUAUAAAGGAGUACUUAGAAACUUAUCACUACUGAGCACUUACUGUAUUUUUAUGUGCUUAAUAUGUUUUCAAGUCUAAAUGUGCCACCUGGAAAAAAUGUAUGUCCAAGAGUAGAACUGAAUUUGAAGAGGUCUCAUGGAAUAGCAGAUACUGGAACUACCCCACCUGCCUAGCCAAUAUUUUUUCUGUGCUUGGAGCAAAAAUCACUGCAAGUAUUGGAACAAUAGAAAUCUAAUUCUGCUGGUAGGUUACUACUGCAAUCGUAGUCAUUUUUGGAAAAAUGGCUAAAAUAUUUCUGUGGGAAAAGUUUUAUGCAGAUGCAAAGAAAUGAAAUUCUUAAAUAUAAGAACCCAGUUACUAGGCACAGGGGAAAAGGAGGAUGUAUUUAGAAGGUAAUUGUUCCGAACUUUAAUAAGAAAAAAAAUCCAAUCAAAAUUAGGUGGAAGAGAAAGCUCUAUAAUGAGUUUCAGAUCUGAAAAGGGAUUAAGGAAUAUCUGUAUCACUUCAGCCUCACUCCCCUACUUUUCUUUCUUUCUUUUUUUUUUUUUGCCUAAUUUGUUAAAAAAAAAAUAGUAAAUGAUUACUUUUAAUGUAUUUACUCCGAAGAAUUGCAGUUGACUCGUCUUUUUUAUGUGAUAAUACUUAAAGUAAAUCAUGUACCAACUUUAUGCAAGCUGCAGAAUAAACAGAAUGGGAAGGUUAAGUUGGUCACUCUUCGAUGUUCUUCUGCACAUACAGAGAUACCUGAAGUUACUGCUGGAGCAUUUCUAGAAGGAAAAUGCUUAUGGUCUCUGAGAUAAAGAUUUUGUGGUGUGAGGGUACUUAAUUUCAAGGGAAACUCUGGGUUCAUUUCUACUUCUGUCAGUUGUGAUCAAGUAAAUUGUUUCAGUUCUGUGAGCUGUCUGAGAAGUGAAACUCAGUACAUCUUCUCUGAAAGCAGGGUUUGUAUUAUCUUGCACAGGUCUAUAAACUAAUGCUGUGUUUUAAGGGAAAGAGCAUGUGCAUAUGCUGUUACUAUUUCAGUGCAACAUGUAAAUUAUGGUGAAUACAGAUUCUGUACCAGGGUAUAUCGUGUUUGCCUAGUGCCUUUCUUUUGACAGUGAUUUGUCUCUUAACAGGUUUUUGAAACAGAAGGAUGUUUAUUUUUAUUAUGAAACUUUAUAUAUACAAUGUACAUAAUUUGAAUUUCAUUUCACUCUUGGCUCUUGAAAAGUGUUUUACAGGACUUUUUGGCACCGUGAUGAUAGUAGAAUAUAUCUCUGCGCACAUGGGCAGGGCUGCUGUUGGUGUAUUUUUUUUUUUUAAUUAUUUUGUGGUGGUGAUUGCUUUUUUGCUUUUUUUUUUUUUUUUUUUUUUUUUUUUUCAGUUGAAUGUACCUAAAUCAUAAAGAGGAAGUAAACUAUUUGUAACCUAAUAGCUAUUUUAAGAUAAGUUGAAAAUCUUACUGCCAGUCUUAAGGGAUUUUAUAAAUAUUGAUCCUCAACCUUCUACUUGCUUAAAUUAGUGUCAGUAUUUCAUUUUUUUUCUGUUACUUAUGACCACUAUGUUAAAUGCUGUGUAAACUUCUAAAGUAAUUUUAUUUCUCAAUUUCCGUAAGAGAAUUAAGAAAAAUAUUAGCAGUGUGGAAGAGCCUGAUAAAAGUUUCAUGUUGUACAGAUACGAUUUUGUUGUGAAUGUAUAGUGUAUCUUGGUUGUGUAUUAAACAUUGAUUAAAAAAAAAAAAAAAAAA